AUGCAUCCGCGUUCUUUCUUUUUUUUCUCUUUGUAUGUCUGUCUGUCAUGCUGUCUCCUUCCCUCUCUUUCUUAUUCUAUCUUUCUGUUUGUUUGUCUGUCUGUCUGUUGCUCUCUCUCUCUCUCUUUCUCCCUCUCUCUCUCUCUCUCUCUCUCUCUCUCUCUCUCAGAGAUACAUACAAAUAUAGACUUCAUUAAAACUAGAAAAUGUUUUUUUUUCUUUCAUUGUCUUUCUCUUUCUUUCAUGUCUUAUUUCCUUCUUUCACUAGUAAGUUUAUUGAACAUUUUCUUUUCUUUCUUUCUUUUUUUUUCUUUAUCUAUCGAAAGUGUAUAUAGAAUUGCCUUGUUUCUUACGUUUUUUUUCUUUCACUUUAUUUUCUUUCUUUACUUUUCCUUUCUUUCUAAAGAAAGUGUACAGAAAAAUGUAUUUCUUUUUCUUCAGUCAUACUUCUUUAAAGGGUAUGCAAAAUUUUCUUUCACUCUUUUGUUUGCUUUCUUUCUUUUUUCGUUCUCUUUUUUUCCUUUUUCUUUCUUUCCUUCUUUUCCUUUCUUUUACUUUCUUUCUAUCCGUCUUUGUUUCUUUCUUCCUCUCUCUUACUUUCUUUCAUUCUUUCGUUUUCUUUCUUUCUUUUUUCUUUCUCAUUUUUUCCUUUUUCUUUCUUUUCUUCUUUUCCUUUCUUUUAAUUUCUUUCUAUCCGUCUUUCUUUCUUUCUUCCUCUUUCUUACUUUGUUGCUCAGUUUUUAUCCAGCACAAAUCGAAUCAGAUGACAAAAUCCAAUUUAAUUUUUCUUUUUUUUUAUAA